UGAAGUUAAUGGAUCAUGGAGAAAGAUGCAUGUCUGAUAGAAAGAAACAAGUAUUGAAUGCUUCUCACCCUAAAUACCCCCCGAGUAGCUAGAUGUAAGUAGUAUAAUAGCAGCAGCAUUCACUUUUAAUGAUGCUCUGUUUCUUCUUGAUCAUCAUCCUUUUCUGCUGCUACCAAUUUUUACUUAUAUAAAAUAUUAUUAUUAUUAUCACCUUUUAAGCAGCAUAGAUAACUGUGCUAGCUGCUGCUAUACACUACUGUCUCGCUUUUCCUGCUGCACCAAUAUCUUCUCUCUUUACAUCUGCAUACCUUUUCUUCCCUAAUAUUAAUUUAAUUUCUCUCUUUCUUCUUUUCUUCUUCUUCUUCUCUCCAUAUAUUUGAGUUGUUUUUUGUUGUGUUGGUUGUGGGUUCCCCCUGUUUUUUCUUUGUUUCUCUCUACUUCAUUUUUAUGAUUACUGGAUUAUGAUGAUGUCCAAUCACAAAACACCCAUGAAAGGUCUGAUAUUCAUUAUUGGAUGUUCCCUUUUGGUUAUGUUAUCUUCCCGUGUGUGGGGAGAAGGAGAUGAAGGAGUUAUGUUGGCUCCAAUGGAGAUGAAUGACAGAGAGGCUAUGUACACUGUUAUCCAGGGCUUUGUGGGGAAAUGGUGGAAUGGAUCCGAUCUUUAUCCAGAUCCUUGUGGCUGGACUCCAAUUCAGGGUGUUUCUUGCGAUUUUUUUGAUGGCUUUUGGUAUGUAACCGCCCUUAAUAUUGGUCCCAUUCAUGAUAACUCUCUCACUUGUUCUUCAAACCCAGAAUUCAAAUCUGAGUUAUUUUCACUUCAACACCUCAAGUCUCUAUCAUUCUUCAGUUGCUUCAACUCCCCUCACCGCCAUCCCAUUUCCAUCCCUCCUGCAAACUGGGAGAUGCUUUCCGGCAGCCUUGAAUCCUUAGAAUUCCGGUCAAACCAGGGCCUUGUCGGACCCAUCCCAGAAAUACUUGGCACCCUUAGAAAUGCUAAAUCUCUUGUAUUGCUAGAGAAUGGUUUGACAGGAGAACUGCCCAUUACCCUCGGCAACUUGAAAAAACUGAAAAGAUUGGUCAUUUCUCAAAACAGGCUAACGGGUCGGAUCCCGAUCAGUUUGGGAGGGUUGUUGAGAGAUGUCUUAAUUCUCGAUUUAAGCGGGAAUUCAUUUUCAGGGUCGAUACCCAGUAGUUUAGGAGCCAUGGAUUCGUUGGUGAAGCUUGAUCUCAGCAGGAACCAACUGGAAGGAGAAAUCCCGUGUGAAUUGGGUCGAUUAAAGAAUCUAACUUUACUGGAUCUCAGCAGAAACAAGCUUUGUGGUGAUCUAGGGAAUUGGGGGGUUCAUCAUCUGAGGUCGUUGAAAGAGUUGAUGCUAUCAAACAACUCAAUAGGAGGGAAUUUAUCAAGUGUGGAGUGGAAGAAGAUGGAGGGUCUGGAGAUAUUAGACCUGGGGAAUAUGGAGCUGACAGGUGGCAUACCGGAGUCGAUCACCGAGCUGAGGUGGCUGAGGUACAUGGGAAUGAAUGAGAACAAGCUCACAGGGAAUAUACCCCUUAAGAUUGGAGAUCUGCCAAGAUUGGGAGGAAUGUACGUAAAUGGGAACAACCUGACAGGGGAACUUAAAUUCUCUGGAUGGUUUUAUGGGAAAAUGGGGAGGCGUUUCGGGGCAUGGGGCAACCCAAAUAUGUGUUACCCGGUUUGGUUGAAAUCAACAGGCACUGUUCCAUAUGGGGUAAGCCCAUGUCAGCAAGCUGGUUCAAGUUCAAGAUCCGAUUCGGGAAAGGAGGGGAGGAAGUUGAGUCAAGUUUCCAAAUUGGGGAAGGAGUUAUUAUUAUCAUCGUCGACAGGCUCCAUCAAUGGAGUUAAUGGGGUUUGGUGCUGUAUAUUCAUGUUAUUACUACUACUACUAAUAAGGAUAUCAUAAUAAUGAUAUUAUAAUAAUUAAUUCAUAUGAUCAGUAAA